GUAUGUAUCAUACCCUCCCCACCCAGUACGAGCAGUAUGAUAGCCUACAGCAAACCCACACUGUGCGAGUAUCAUAAUAGUACAAGUAGACAUUCGAUGCCGUGCCGGCAAUCACACAGGAAAAUGUUAUAUAGAUGAGGGGGAAACCUCACUGCAUGAAGGCGCGCGGGGGUGAAUUGAAGGCACAGGACAGGGACUGGUCCAACCAACAGGCCCUUAUACGAGUGCCGUAUGAUGGUCUAGUGAAAAAGAAAUUAGAGAGCAUCCGCCGCAGACGACUGUCCCUCACAUCGACAACUCUCUCUCACCACUUUCUUUUUCCAUUUUGCCAUUGCACAACGGCAAACUCUCCCCAGUUGCCUACCUUAUGCAUGCUUCGGCCCUUCUUUUGCUCUGCUCCGCGUUACUCUGCUUGGCUCGCGUUGCCUUCCUCCUCGCAUGCAUAACCAUCCAUCCAUCCAUCCGUCCACUCACUGCACCCCCCAUUCCACCCACCCAGACCACAGGUUGCUCGAGUUCCCCCAUCAGCGCCCGCAUCACCACGGCGAUACCACACCAAACAAACCCCAACCACACUUGUACCAUCAUCGCCAUCACAAAUCUGUGUUUCCGCAUCAUGAACUGUUCAAACUCUACUCGUACUUGUACUCGCACCCCGAGUCCCGAACAACCAAUCCCCUUUAUCCCUCCAAGUCUCCUAGCUGACCUACGGUACCGUGCGCCUGCUCCUUCCCUCUCCAUCUCCGACAGCAAAGAAAUUGAAACAGGAAUACCGGUACCGGUAUCAAACUCCCGACCAGUGCUCGUAUAAUAUAUUUAGAUUGGACCCGACCCGUCAUCCCGUAACCCGCAACCAGCCCAACCACCUUCGCGAGUACCUACCGAAACUAGCUAACCACGUGCCUCCUCCUCCCCAUGGACGGAUCGCAUGAUAGCCUUCUUCCUCCCCCUUCUUUUCUUUUCCGCUAGGAACCCGACCUCGGUACUCGAGUACAGUACGAGUACGAGUACCGGCAUCGGCGGUAUGAUAUCAGGAGAUUCGGUUGAGGAUCCAGAGCUGGGCUCCACGUGACCACCCGCGAGCACCAAGGGAAAAAGCCUAGUCUCUUUUCAGAUUGGACCAAUAGCCCGGUAACACUCCGAAACGCGGGGACCGGUAAUGCUGGUCAUGGACAAGCAAAGGGAAGGAAGGAGGCCCAAAUGACGUAACUUGUCUUGUGUGGGAAGAAACAAAUAAAAUAUGAUAGAAGAGCCACUCACAUCACUUUACCAAGAGUUUGACUUCCUUGUUGAUGGCCAUGAUGAUGAUGGAAGGGUUGGAAGUGGGCACUUAUAAAAUAGAGGCUUUUUUUCUGGAGAGUGGGGCCGUAUUGGUUGAUUGCCUUCGGUGCCAGAGGAGGAAUCAAGUUGUCUCAGUAUUGUUACGAACAAAGCCGGCUGGUACAAGUACUCUACCUACCCUCACACGUGUAACUUAUAGCGCAGCAGUCGAAGCGAAAUGCCGCACCCGCAGCCCCGCCAUGAAACCGGCUUCCCAGAACCAUUCUCUCCGUUCGUUUCCCUUCCCCCUUCCCUGCAGUCCCAAACUGACAGGUUCCGGCAGGGAUCGCAAUACAACCCUCCCUCACUCUGAAGCCGUGACCCGCCCAGACGAGGAAUCACCCACUGCAGUGACGGAGCACGAAAGGCACCACCGACUCCUGCACAGACAUCGAAAGGCAGGCCAGGUCGAGGAAGAUAUGUAUGCUGGAUUGAACGUUCACGACAACCCGGAAGCCAUUCCGGAGCAGGAGGAGGAGAGGAGGAAGGAUGGUAAGAUUAAGAGAGUUUUGCAUAAGAUUAGCUGCGGAGGUGUUUAG